UAACCGUUAUUAGAAACCAUUGCCUCAAAAUUAGGUCUCCUAACAAAUUUUAAAUUUCCUCUUUCAAGAGAAUUACUGAUUUCAUAUGUAUAUUUACAAAGUUUUCUCAUAUAACUUUUCCUUCCAAUUCACUCCUAAUUUUAUGAUUAAAUUGGUUAGCUGAAUGCUACUUUUUUAUUUUAUAAAGAUAGAACAUGAUUAUGUGUGGACUCUCUUAAUAUUUAUAAAGUUGUAUUAUUAUUUUGAGCUUUUACAAAAGGUCUUAAAAUUUAUAAUUAUAUACCAAAAAUUUAGAAGACUACAUUUAAAUUUGAAUUUGAUUGUAUUUGAAAAUGCUUCUAAACAAAAAGAUGAAAAAGCUAGGAUCAAACUAAAGAAUAUAAAAAGAAAAGAAAGAAUAGAAAAUAAGUAGGAAAAGAAAGUGGGCGUUGGGAGUUGGGUGUAUAAAAAGGAGCAUUACGGAUGAUUGAUUGUCAUUGGGGUGUGUUCAAAGAGAAAGAGUGUUUUUUUUGAAAACCUAAUUUUGAAUAUCAUAUCAUCACAUCCAAUAAUCAUCUCGAUGGCAUCGGUGGGGGUUACGGCCAAUAAACCGGUGGUGAAAGCGGUGGCUUUAUGCGGCUCUCUUCGUAAGGCUUCCUUUAAUCGUGGCCUUAUUCGAGCCGCGAUGGAGAUUUGUAAGGAGGAAUCGGGAAUUGAAAUCGAGUACCUGGAAGUGGAGCCCUUGCCCAUGCUUAAUACCGAUCUUGAAACUCCAGACGGAGGUUUUCCCCCGGUCGUUGAGGCUUUCCGCCACAAGAUCCUUCAUUCCGAUUGUAUUCUCUUCGCUUCUCCCGAGUAUAAUUACUCUCUUGCCGCUCCCUUAAAGAAUGCAAUUGACUGGGCAUCAAGACCACCAAACGUGUUUGCCGGGAAGGCAGCGGCGAUAAUGAGUGCGGGCGGUGGAUUCGGCGGUGGGUUGGCACAAUUCCAUCUCCGGCAAGUGGGAGUGUUUUUGGACCUUCACUUCGUGAACAAGCCUGAGGUUCAUGUGCAUGCAUUUCAACCACCUCUCAAGUUCAACCAAGACGGUGACUUGAUCCAUCAACAAACCUAUCAUCAAUUGAAACAACUUCUUCUUUCCCUUACCAACCUUUCUCUACGACUCCAAUCCAAUUCCAAUUAAUUACACUUUGUUUUCCCUUCCUUUUCUCUUAAUUCCGAUAUCCUCCCUUCAAUAAGUUAUUACAAUUAAUACCUCCCUUGCAAUCAUAUAUAAUCAUAAUCAAUAAUAAUCAUCUUUGUAUUGUGUGUUA